AUGACUGUGACGUUAACGCUGUAUUUGCUGGUUACGAAUCUGAGCCCUGUGAUCGGACGAGUGCUAAACGUUGGUCUGCUGUUUGUCGACGACAUUCCGGGCAUGGAAGUUACGGUCGGCUACAAGACUUCGGCAUCGGCUGUGCUUAUUGCGAGGGAUCGUGUCAAAAACGAGAAUCUUCUGCCAGGAUAUGAAUUCAACUUCACUGUUCGAUUUGACCAAUGCACUGAAAUAUUGGCUGUUGGUUAUACUGUGGAAUUAAUUCAAGAUUACGGAAUGGACGCUAUAAUUGGCCCUACAUGCAGCUAUCGUGAGUUUUUUCCUUAA